AUGCCAAUUUGUGGUUUUCCAUACACUGUGGCGCACUCACUACAGAGAGUGAGUAAGCAUGGCACGGUUACUCAGGCUCCAUCACAGGAUCAGCUCAUCCGACGAUUACCUUCAAUUCGUCCGGCAGCUCAGUUAUCCACCCCCAGCUCUUUGAUCUCUUCCAAUCUCCAUGGCCAGCUAUAUCAGCAGCCAGUGGGAAUAGAGAAUCUGACAACGUACCCUACGAGUUCUUCACGUCUCAACAGUUCCUCCAUCUCUUCCAAUCCCUCAGCAGGUCGAUGGCUAUCGCCAUGCCCUACCAGUUCUUCCAGCCCUUUCAAUCCAAGAGCUGGGGUGAACCAGAGUAAUACUCUGGGUUCUCCAAGUCCACCCGUGUCUCAAAGCUCUCCCCCAUUCAAGAAAAGACGAAGAAACUUCGCGGUGGAUAAACAAGGCGAAUGGCUGAAAUUAAAAACAGCCUUUAAAGAUAAACCUUUGCUGACAACAUCAUUCAAGGCGAUUUUGACUCCUGAAGAUCUCAUCGAUUCAAAUCUUCCAAAGGGACGACGCUUGUAUAAAUUUAUAACAACAGCAGCAAAAAAUAUAGCCAACCAGAUUAUUGCACACCGCCUUUCUUUAAUCUAUUCAGUCCACGAGAUUGAUUCUCAUUCCAAAUAUGAGUGUGGGAAGAAACUAAAGACUGGGGCAUAUGAACAGGUUUCAAAAGAAUGGGAUUGCUCUCUUGAUUGUGUGAAACUAUGCGAGCGACGGGGUAAGAGCUAUACUAAAUUGAUACAAGAAGCUGGCCCAGCUAUUAUCUUUGAACUGGAUAAUGAUGUUUCAAGUUUAUGCGAAAAUUCUCUUCUGACAGAUGACCAACGGAAGUUAUUCAUUCAAUGGCUUCUACUCCAAUCUAAGCAAGAUCGAUUCGCGAAAUGCAUAUCAGCAGCAAAAAUCAUACUUGAGGGGCUAAUUACUUAUGGAUAUACUUAUCACGAACUUCGAACAACUCAGAGCCGUCUACUCGAGGUAUUGAGAGUUUACCUUAGCUGGGAAGAUGAUACUAUCCGCCCUAAUAAAGAUCCCAACGAUCCUGCACAUCAAACGUCCGUUAACCACUCGGGUACCUCAAAUCAAGAAAGCAGACGCAGCACAUCCUCAUCGAGCUCAAUAUCUGAAUCCACUGACAACUCGCCGUAUUACAGCGGUCCUGGUGGCUCGGGUGAUGUUCCAUCGCAUGUCCCUCGCCCGAUCGAUACAUCCAGACAGGAUUUAGUGGCAUGGGAGGACGAUGAUCACACUUCGACCAACGAACCUACCAAUCUUAACACAAAUGAAUCCCGCCCUCCACAUCCAGCCAUAGAUUCGAAUUUAUUUUAUAACGGGGAAACAACCACAGACUUUCGAACAUGGCAUAAUGUGAUUUUUGACCCAGACACAAAUGCGUUUUAUGGCCUGGACACACAUAAUUCGACAAAUGGGCCUUGGCAAGACGGGUUUUUUGACCCCGACACACAGCACCCAACAAACGGGCUAUGGCGGAAUGUGUUGGUUUCAGAGACAAGCUCAAAUGAUAGCAUGGGUUUGUUGCCACAAUUCCCCUAUUGUGGCAGUCUGGAUGCACAACCAUCAGGGUUCUAG